CUGCUCGUAGCUGUCUACCGUCGUAUCGUCGAUAGUCGUAUUGUGACCUCGAGCCCCUGGAAGAAGUGCAUCUAUCCCUGUGGCGUCCUCUUUGCUGCCCUACAGAAGGCGAGGUCGGUUUCGAUACUGGUACUGAGGCUCUCAGAUCCUCCAGUGAGUUCUUGCGACUUGGAUUACUGCCGGGUGGCACAGACAGUGUUCAUUUCCCUGUCGAGGUUCUUUCGCGAUCAAUGAUAAUGUGGAAGACAUCAGCGCAACAACCCGACGAACGGACGAGGCAUCCGGUCGUCAACAUGAUGUCAAAGUUCUCAAACACACAGAAACAGCCCGAGCCGUCCUUGCCAUUCCUAGAGAGAGCAUUGAAGCAGUCAUUGCAUUCACCAACCUUCCUCGAUGUCAAAUUCUUCGCGUUCUCGCGCAGGUCGUAUCUGGGAGACGGUUCAAUCAGAGUAGACAGGCCGCAACAUGUCCUCGCGAUCAGCUCCGUGCUGAAGCAAACCGACUACUUCGAGAACUUGCUCUCUGGCGGUUUCGCAGAAUCGAAUGCCGUUCGCGUACCCAUCGACGCGCCAUUCCCCGACGACAGGGCCCCCUUCAGCGACGAGUACGAUUAUGACUCAGAUAGCGACCUCGACGAUGAAGAGGCGCCUGACAACGACAUGGACAUUGUCAAGAUACACUCCCAAGGGGAAGGGAGUGUAGCUGGGCCAAGCGGAUCCAACUCUGGUAACCUAGCCUAUGGCGGGGUGCAGUGCCAACAGAUCAUCAUCACAGAUGUAGCCUACCUGACAUGGCGUGCCUUCGUCUUCUAUCUGUACUUCGGCAAAGUCAAUUUCCUCCCGCUUAAGUCCACCCAGGACGAGGACAGAGCAGCGGAGCUAGAGCGGGCGCUCAAUAAUGAGAACGCUGUGCCCCCUUGCUCACCCAAGUCAAUGUACAGAUUGGCAGAGAAGUAUGGCAUUGUCGAGCUGCAAACCCUUGCUUAUGAAGCCAUCCGCAUCCGGCUUUCCACGAAGAACAUCGUUCAGGAAGUCUUCUCGCGAUUCACAUCGAGGUACGAACGGGUGCGCGAGCUAGAAAUAGCUUUCGUGCGGUCGCAUUACUCCGAGCUUGGAGAUGCUCUCUCGUCUAUCACCGAACGGCUCGUGCAGGGCGAGCUACCCUACGCCGGGGAGGUGCUCAAGACCCUGCUCCACGUCAAUGAACCCAGCGUCAGCAAUUCUACUACCAAAGGACAGAGCAGCUCAGCAGCCUCCGUGGCGAGUAAGCCCGUACGACCGCCGUCGCACCUCCUGCCUUCGCCUCGGCGGGCGCAGUCAAGAGGCAACGUAGCCCCGCCGCCGUUUAGGUCGAACUACCACACGCUCUUCGGCCAACAAGAGGGCGCUGCGAAUGUGGGCGCGGCGCCGAUGAUGACGUCGACAUCUGGUGGGGCGGGCUCGAGUACAUCGCACAGCGUAUCGGCGACCCCGGUGUGGUACAGCUUCACAGCGCCAGGCGAUGACGAAGAUGAUUUAUGAUAGCACUGGCACUGACGAGUAGUGGAUAGAGCGGAUCAUGUACUAAUAUUCCCCAUGUAACACUCCGGACCUGGUGUUG